AAACUGUGAUUUGAUUUCAGCAGCUAAGAACUAAGAAGAGCUUCGUUUUCGUGAGAACUACGUAUAUCCGUCGAGUAGUGGUUCCUGCUUUGGUCCUCUUCCUCUCUCCACCCAUUUUUCUCAGCCAAGAGCUACCGCGGCAUUGAUGUUGUUGAGGACAACGAAAGCAGGGCGGGAAGGGACGGAAUCGUUCAUUUUUGCCAUUGUCACCCAAGACAAGGCACACGGACUAGGAAGGUGUUUGCUGCGAAAACUGAGGUUUGAAUAUGCUUCACAGUGCGCGCGUAGUGUUGUCAGGGCACACUAGCGUCUCAGCUUUUGCCUUCAAACCUUGUAUUCCCUCUAUUAAGACAACCCCUUCACUUGGUUUCUACAUGGAGCAAUCUCUUCCUUUGAAGCUAAAGCAGUGUCAUCAGCCUCACCUCGUUUGUCAGGCUACAACACAGGAUGCUGCAGUUUCUCUAAGUAAUGAUGAGUCACCUGUUCAUGGACUAUCUGAAGUGGUUGUUGGGGUUCUCGGAGGAGGGCAACUUGGUCGUAUGAUGUGCCAAGCUGCUUCUCAGAUGGCCAUUAAAGUUGUGGUUUUGGAUCCACAGGAGAACUGCCCGGCUAGUUCCUUCUCAUAUCAUCAUAUGGUUGGAAGCUUUGAUGACAGCGCUACAGUUGAGGAAUUUGCCAAGAGAUGUGGAGUAUUGACUGUUGAAAUUGAGCAUGUUGAUGUUGAUACAUUGGAAAAACUUGAGAAACAAGGGGUUGACUGCCAGCCCAAAGCCUCUACAAUACGAAUUAUUCAGGAUAAGUAUCAGCAAAAGGUUCACUUCUCUAAACAUGGCAUUCCGCUUCCUGAAUUUAUGAAGAUAGAUGAUCUUGAAGGUGCUAGGAAAGUUGGGGAACUCUUUGGAUAUCCCCUUAUGCUCAAGAGUAGGAGAUUAGCUUAUGAUGGGCGAGGGAAUGUUGUUGCAAAAAGUGAAGAGGAACUUCCUUCUGCUGUGGCUGCUCUUGGAGGAUUCAACCGUGGUUUAUAUGCUGAAAAAUGGGCCCCUUUUGUCAAGGAACUAGCUGUCAUUGUGGCAAGAGGAAGAGACAAUUCAAUUUCAUGCUAUCCUGUUGUUGAAACCAUUCACAGGGACAACAUAUGUCACAUAGUUAAGGCUCCUGCUAAUGUGAAAUGGAAGACUAGGGAGCAUGCCACUGAAGUUGCUUUCAAUGCUGUUAGCUCUCUAGAAGGUGCUGGUGUGUUUGCAGUUGAAUUGUUCUUGACCAAGGAUGGUCAGAUUUUAUUAAAUGAAGUAGCACCUAGACCUCAUAAUAGUGGGCAUCACACAAUUGAAUCAUGUUAUACCUCGCAAUAUGAGCAACAUUUGCGGGCUGUCGUUGGUCUUCCACUUGGUGAUGCAUCAUUGAAAGUUCCAGCCGCUAUCAUGUACAAUAUAUUAGGGGAAGAAGAGGGGGAGCUUGGUUUUCGAUUAGCUCAUCAAUUGAUCCAAAGGGCAUUGACCAUCCCUGGGGCUACUAUUCAUUGGUAUGAUAAGCCAGAAAUGAGAAAGCAACGGAAGAUGGGCCAUAUAACAAUUGUUGGGCCUUCCCUUAGCAAUAUUGAGAGCAAUCUUGCAAUUGUUGUGGAAGGGAAAAAAUUAGAUGACACACCUGCAGUUGCUCCGCGUGUGGGGAUCAUAAUGGGUUCUGAUUCAGAUCUGCCUGUUAUGAAAAGUGCUGCUGAAAUCUUGGAGUUGUUUGGUGUGCCUCACGAGGUAAGAAUAGUUUCAGCCCACCGGACUCCAGAAUUGAUGUUUUCUUAUGCCUCAUCUGCUCAUGAACGAGGAAUACAAGUCAUUAUUGCUGGUGCCGGUGGUGCAGCUCACUUGCCUGGUAUGGUUGCUGCUCUUACUCCUUUGCCUGUUAUUGGUGUUCCUGUGCGUGCUUCUAACCUGGAUGGACUUGAUUCACUCUUGUCAAUUGUCCAGAUGCCGAGAGGUGUCCCGGUUGCCACUGUCGCAGUUAAUAAUGCAACUAAUGCUGGAUUGCUGGCAGUGAGGAUGUUGGGUGUUGCCAAUGAGGAUCUUCUGUCAAGGAUGAGUCAAUAUCAAGAGGACCAAAAAGAAAUCGUCUUGAGCAAAGGAGAUAAAUUAUCAAAACAUGGUUGGGAAUCCUACUUAAACACCAGUUAGUUAUCCCCAUUAAUUUGGUGAUUCUUUUUUAGGCUCAUUUCUCAUUUUUGGUCAACUAAAAAAUUUUGAUAGACAAGAUCUCAUAUGGAGAGUGUUUAGACCAUGGGUAUCAAUAAGUAGGUUGAGAAUCAUUGGAGCUAUAUAUUUUGUUACCUAAAUCAACAGAUUUUCUAUUUUCUACUGCUAAAAUAUAGCAAGAGAAAGAAUUGUAUAAUCUGGAAGAGAAGUGUUGUAUUCAUAUUUAUAUUGACUGUUAUCAAAAUAAGUCCUUGCCUGUGCCUUGGGAUAGAUUUGACCAGUUAGAAAGCUAAUGAUGAGCCAAAAUGUACAACUUGUAUUUUAUUUGGUUGCUAGAUGAUAAAGUUGUGUGGCACAAUGGGAUUACACUCGUUUAAUUGAGAACAAAUUUUGGUUUUUUGUUUUUUCUU